AUGAGCCAUGCCGAACGGGUCGUCGAGCUGUGCCGGCUUUUCUACGACGGAAGCACCGACCUGGCAGAUCGCGCAGAGGUGACACAGGAGCUCUACGCCCUCUUCAACGGCGAUGAGGGCCUCGAGGUGGCCGAGAGGCUGUUCGCCUACUCCGGUGCUUUGGGCCCCGUUGAGCAAAGCCAACUGCAGUACCUCGCCUGGAAAUGUGUUGAGCAGCAGAUAAGAAACAAUUGGGACAAGCUAUCAGCCGGCCGCCGAAAAGUGCUGAUCGACGCGUGCUCCGCAUUUUUGCUGUCAAACGAGACGCCACCUGCCGAAAUGUACUGGCGCGAGCAUGCGGCCGAGGCAAUUGCGGCCGUAGCCGCCCGUACGCUGCCCGACUAUUGUGACGAUUGGAUCACCGCGCUGCAGACGGCCAUUUCGAAAAGUGCCUACGAGCUACGCGUUAUCGACUUUGUCAAGAAAGUCGUCGAAACGAUUGAUGCGUUUCUCGAGCCAUGCGGGCCAGCGGAGAGCGGUGCGGAGAGUGAAGCCAACUUCCUGGUCGUCUGCUCAGCCGUGCUUCGUUUUCUCGAGCUGCUGGCAAGUCGAUCGCCCGACUUUCCGCAAAACAAGGGGCCGAUCGUCGAGAAAGCGGCGCUGCUUAUUGGGACCCGAAUAACGCACGACGCCGCCGGGCUGAUCGCGGCUAUUGCGAAAAAGAGGAAAGGCUUCGACGUCUACGCGUGCAAUAUUGUACUCUGUGAAAAUCUACGGACCGCCAUGGACACGCUGAAGCUUUCGGUAAUAUCAAAUCCGAUGCCAUACGCCGAAGCGUACGACCGCCUGAAAGUUUCCGUACCCAUCCUCACAACAAUUGCGCACACCGCCACCGAGGGGCUUGAUCCCAAAUCGAGGGAAUUGCGAUGGCUGAUGGAUUAUGCCGUUUCACUCGUCAAUUUUCAGAGCUUGACCCUCCGCCGGAUUGGCCUCGAAAUUAUCGCAAAUCUGAGCGCCGGUCAGUCGAUACGCGACGCUCCCUUUUUCAUGGAAUGCGUGUCGAACCUGGCGGAGAUGGCGGUCGACUACAUGACGGAAGAUGUCCUCUGCUCCCACGAACCGCCGACGAUCGCCACAAAAUUCUCGCAAGAAGAUUUCACCGAGGACUCGGAGGUGCAGCAGGAAUUACUCAAAUGCCGGAACCACUUCUUCACCUUCGUGGAAAUCGCGGCGCGACACGAUUUGGAGCGAAUGACCAAGGUGGUGCAGACGAGAUUCAUCGAUCGGCUAGAUGAGGGGGAUACGGUGCUCGAGACGGAGUGCGAGUUCUGGGGCAAGACGCUGAAGACGUUUUACAAUUUGACGAACGGGAAAAGCCAGAAGAACCGCAAGGAGCAGCCGGAUGUCCCGGUGGAGAAACUCGAAGCCCUGAUCAGCGACUGGCCGAAGAAGGUGCUGGCAAAGAUGCGGGAUUUAUUACAACGCGAAAGAUGGGCGCUGGCCAACGACCUGUCGACGCUGGGCCACGCGCUGUUGCCGCUGCUCGGGCGCCCCGAGCGGAUCGCCGAACUGUUCGAAUACCUCGACAACGUCAAAACGAUCCUUUGGGCCGAGCUGGAGCUCGAGGACCCGAAAAUCAAGGAGCAACAGUUGGAGUUCAAGCGUCACACGCUGGCCGGUCUGGUGUCGUUUCUCGAGAAGAAUGUGCUAGUCGAGAAAACCGUCCAAGUCCGCCAAAAAUUGCUGGAAAUUUACGACGCCGUCCGGGAGCGCUUGACCUCGAUGCAAACGGCUGUUAUGUCACAGGUGCUCGCCUACGCCAUCGAUUUCCCGUUCGAACGCCCCGAGGAGAAGCUGGUAAUGCUGGAGAAGACGUGCGAGAGCAUCUGCGCGUACUUUGCGAGCAGCUCGCCAGCUUGGACGGGUCCCGAAGCGAUCGUGUCGGCGCUCGGAUUCGCGCAGCCGUGUGCUGUCGACGAUGAGGUUGAUGUCGUCGUGGUCGAGCAGCGAAGAACGCUGCGCGCCACGCUGAACACGAUGGACGGCGUGCUGAAGGUGGUCAAGAAUCUGGAGCCCGAGCUUGAGGCCCACUUCCGCAAGCUGUUCGAAGCGCCCAUCGCCAGCACGGCGGCUUUUGCUGCGCUUCUCUUCCGGGCCACCACCGAGAAUAGCUUCAUGCCGCCGAGCCUACUCGUCGAGUUGCGGAAGCCGUGCGCCGAGCACGCGGCCACGGCUCUUUCGAUCCCAAUCGACGAUCUCGACGACAUCUUCGCCGACAACAAGGACACCUGGGAGGGAAUGUGCAAGAAAUUCCACAACGACCUCCACGAAUCGAUCAUCUCGGCGAUGAUCGCCGCCAUUCGCCGGUUCCCCGACUCGUUCAGCUCGAUGGCCCCCUACUUGCGCCAAAUCGACUGGGCGGCCGUCCCCGAUUUCCGGCUGAAGAGCUGGAUCCGACGCUUUUGGAAGGAAGCGGUGCAAAAGUGCCAGCACGUUCCGGAAUUUUGGGAGCUGUUCGGCGACCUGUGCGCGAUGUUAAUCCGGGUUCAAAUUAGGGGCCAACCGGAAGUGACGGGACUCGACCCCGCUGAAGCCGUCUUCCAUGAGCGCGAGUUCGUCAGCCUGCUCAAGGAGUGGGUGACGACGAUCCGCUACUUUAUCCUCGACGCUCAGGGCAUUCCAAUAGCCCGGGACGCCAACACGGGUUCUCAAGAUCUCCGGUUGAUUUUCCAAAAUCUCCUUCUCGGCCUGUCAAUUCGGGAAACGGGGGCAGCGGGCAAAGCUGCACAGGGCGUUCUAGCGAUUCUAGAAUUACUCCAAAAAUCGUACUCGGAUCUGAUCGCGCAGCUCGACUUCCUCCCGAUCCUCGCGCUCCUGAUGGUCGGCCUGGCACGAUACCAUCGAGAAUCCCCGAUCGGCACCGUGCUCGUCGACUGUGUGUUGAGCACCAUUAGAAUUAUGAAAGACAACCCGAUCGCGUUCGACUCGAUUGCCCGGCUGGUGUUUAGGGAUGACAAACGGGGCCCGGAAUUGAUGGCAAAGCUCGAAUCCUACCAGGGGCCAAACUGGGAGAAGCCGGCCCGACUCGCCGUCAAGCAGCUGAUAAUCGAGAUGCUCGCCGGAAAUGACGUGGAUUGGCUGCAGCGGGAAUACGAGAAAUCGGGGAUUUCUAAACGCGGCGAUCAAGGACUUUUCUCGAUUUGGAUA